AUGGAAGCAGCUUACUCGAUUCUGCUAAUAUUCGCUGCAUUUCUGGCAGGGGAAACUUUUCCGCAGCGACUUCGGCGCGAUAAACGAAAUCUCAUCAUUGGCGGCAGGCAAAUUGCCAUAUCGGAGGCUCCUUACCAGGCUGCACUGUACGUAAAUGGAGAAUUCUGGUGCGGCGGUUCGAUUAUCAGUGCAAGGUGGAUACUGACCGCCGGACACUGCCUGCCACGAGGGGGUGAAAUCGUAACAAUUCGGGUGGGUUCCACACUUAUGUAUUCCGGUGGAACGGUGAUAAAAGCUUUGCGCUCCAUUAGACAUCCUAAUUAUGUCGAAGACAAUUCAAAGGUGGAAUUCAAUGAUUUAGCAUUAGUUUUUCUGGAAGAAUCCGUGCAUUUCGAUGGAAGCCAUGUCUCGUGCGUUUCGCUUCCCCAAAAAGGGGAAAGAUUACAAGCAGGUACCGUAGGGAAAGUUUCCGGUUGGGGUCAAACGAGUCAUAACCUCGGUUAUAGUGAUUCGUUGCUGGCAGCUUAUUCGACUGUUCUACCAUUUGAGCAAUGUCGAGAAGCUUAUUUUGAUCUUUACACGGAUGAAGAAAAACAAUAUUGUAUUGGAGAUCGUGGGGUUAACAAAGGGUCGUGUAAGGGUGAUUCCGGUGGGCCAUUUGCAGUUGGAAAAACGCUCUAUGGUGUUGUAUCUUGGGGUAUAAACUGUACCGACACGCAUUUCCAAGGCAUGUACACGGACGUUGCCGCUUUCUUACAGUGGAUUCAGGAUACCGUGGCAUCUGUUUCGUCGUUAGAGGAAUUGAAUUGCCAAUGA